AUGCCCGCUCGCCGCGCCGCCGCCGUUGGUCCCGAUGGUAGCCCUCUCCCCACGGAGGGUGGCAAGGAAAAGCUCACCUUUGGAUGCGCUUUCCCAGGCUGUGGACAGACCUACAGUCGUAUGGAAUAUUUGAAGCGUCACCAGCGAAAGCAUCAAGAUGAACGUCCGUUCCAGUGCAAAGAUUGUUCCAAGGCAUUUGCUCGCAGUGAUGUUCUCCUUCGUCACCGCCGUCGUUGCCACCCAACCCCACCUCCCCGUGAUCGCUCGUCCCACUCGCCACUGCCGCCCCUCCGUGCGCACCCUUCGGUCCCGAUUUCGUCGUCGCGCACUUCAGAGCGUGAGGCGUCCCCACUCCGUGGCACCCGCAAACACGCCCGCAACUCGGAGGGCUCGUCCCAAACAGAGCACGCCAGCACCCGUCCUCGCCUGUCGCCCGCGUCUGACGACGAGGAAGAGGACCGCUACGGCUCGCGCUUUUCGCGCAACGGUAUGGGUAACGGCGGAGUCUUUGGCGUUUCCAACACAUACUACAACGGUAACCCAGUGUCAACCACCGACGCGAGCUAUGCGCCGCACCUGCUGCCAAUGUUCCAGAACACCAACUCGGCCUUCCACAACAUGCACGACCCGAACCACCUCGAGGACGCGUCAGUGCUUCUCUCCAUGGCGUACCCCGGAGGUGUUCCGGGUUCCAACACUAGUCCCAGCGGUUCUGCUGCCCAGCGUGGUAGUGUGCCUGAAUGGGAUGCCAGUGGCGGCGCGACCAUUGGUAUGAUGAUGGACGCCGCUUCAACCACCCCCACGGACGCGACCACAGCCGCUGCAGUUGCCGCAGUUGCUGCUGCAGCUGUCGCGGCAACUUCCUCGUCGUCUGAUAACGAUGUGGAUGCGUCUGUUGGGGCGAAUUUUAGCUCUGGCGCCGUCGAGAACCCGGCUCGGCCGGCGGCGCCGGGAGCUGUGCUGCCCGAGUCGAUGGGGAACUUUAUGGGGACGAUGAACUGGCUCGCCAACGCGACCAACGGGGAUAACUGGAACGCCAACGAACCCCCUCGUCCGCUUUCGCCAUUCAACAUUUCAAACCUCUUUCCAUCGGGUACGUUUGGCCUUGGUGGCCUCGGGUCACCAAUUCUUUCCAAUGAAACCACUGCCAUGGCCAUUGCGGCGGCGGCGGCCGCAGCUUCACAGCAAGACGACGCGGCAAACCAGAACGACGCGGUCGCCCAGGCGAACCAAGUUGUCGCGUCCAUUCUCGAGCAGCUCGCCAUGAAUGACGUCCCAGAAACAAGGGCAAACCCCAACCCGGAGCGUCCUCUUCUUCGUCUGGCGAGCAAGGAGAUUCUUAUCCGUGGCGGCGAAGAGUGUCCUUCCAACUCGCGCUUCUACCUCCCUGCGGACCGCUUUGCAGGCUGCUACCAGAUCCCUCACUGGGGUCUGCCGCCUCUUCGCACGCUCUCGGUCAUGGCUGCGCGCACAUACUAUUCGGUUCUGAACCACUUUGCGUUUGUGCACGAGCCGACGUUCCAGCUCAUCGACACGGCCGCGUGUCUCGCCUUUGCUAUUUGCACUGUUGGCGGAAUCCGCACCGGGCAACGCAAGGGCGACCUGCCUCACACCUUCCUCGCGCUGGGUUCGCUCAACAACAGCAACUACACCUCCCCGCCCAGCACGUUGUCGGCAGAGGCAUGGGACGGUGUUUCUACCAAAUACGCCGUCGGCAGCGAGCAAGAAGACCGUGAGGACAAGCUCCGCGUGGAGGAAUGGGAGGGCGGCCAGAUUGUGCGCCACGAAAAGACCAACAUGCUUGUCAAGUCGUUCUCGCUCGCCCAGGGCGUUCUCAUGACCGAGUACAAUGUCGCGCUCCUCCAGGCGCUCAUUCUCUACCACGCGCCAUAUUUCCUCUCGCAAAACGACCAGGAGCGUCGCCACGCCAACAUGUUCCUGGGCACCAUUGUGAACAUUACGCGCCAGAUUGGUUUCUUCCAGCACGACCUCGAGCACGUCGACGCCUCAAUCCAGAUGCCCUUGCUACCUUACAACCGCGCGCAGCUUGACAAGGCCUGGCGCCGUUGGAUCCAGCUCGAGUCUCGCCGCCGCACCGCAUACCUGGUUUACCACCUCGACACGGUGUCGGCGCUCGAGUCGCAGUUUGCUGCGAUCAUUAUGCCGUCCGAGAUUGGCCCUGUGCCACUUCCAGCUCCCGACUCUGUGUGGAAGGCGGCGACCUCUGAAGACUGGGCCCGUGCAGUGUCCAACUACCAGCCCAUGACCCUGGACCAGGCGAUGCGCCGCGUCUUCAACCUCCCCACUGAGGGCCGCUUCGACGAGCUGUCUAGCAUCGACCCCACUCGGAACAUUUUGAGUGAAGCCGAAUACGGACCAUUCGCUCGCACCGCGAUUGUCAUGACGCUCCUUCGUGGCAUACUCGACUUUGGCGAGGGCAAACGUGACCGUAACGACUGGCGUGACCUCACCGACCUCUGGGUGUCUGCCACCCAUUUGCGUCCUGGGGCCAAGUGUCUCUCUGGCGAGGGUCUCGACCUGGGCGCUCCCACUCCCGAUGCGAUCCGUUCGAGGCUCACCCUCGGCAUGCAGCGCUGGCGCGAGGGAUGGGACUAUGACACGCUCUGCACUCCUUCCAACAAGUGCACCAGCCCAUCGUCGGUGGCCUCUCUCACCCCGCUCACCAUUCCGUCGCCUGCUACCAGCUGUGGCGACAAUUCCAUCAAGCCAAAGGGCAAACUUGUGUACUGCGAGGAGGCGAUGCCGUUCUACUUCCUCGCUCAAGCCCUCCUCAACAUGCUCCCCAGUGGCGCGACAUCGGGGCGCAACUCCUUUGCCAACGUGCGCUACAGCGAACUGCUCAACGCGUCCAGGACUCUGGCGCGUGCAGGUGAAGCCGCGUUCUCCUCCCAACCUUCCGCCAUGUUCUAG